CCCUAUUCUAAUUUUUAUGUGAGUGAAUCUAAACUGCUGAGGAAGACCAUAUGUGAUUGUUAAAUUAUAUAUAUAUACACAUAUACAUAUAUAUAUUUUUUACUCCGCGCAAUGCUUAUUCUUCUACAUCCAUAGAUGCUUGAGAAGCUGUGUUUUUGUCAUUCAUGUAACACAUUUUCCUUUGGAAAAAAAGAAAGCGCCUAUUUUACUAACCAAAGACUUGGUUUUUACCCUCUUCGUUUUUAUUCCCUCCUAGAAAGAAGCCCAUUUUGGAUGAGAUUUGGGUGUUUUUUUUUAGUGUGUUUUUCUUUUCAGAGACCAGAAUUCCAAAUCAGAGCUAUUUAGGGUGAUAAGCUGCAAUCUUUGAGCUAGCUAUUAAUAAGACAUUUCAAACAAACAAAUAUUUUGGGUAGAGGUUACAAAGGCGUGAAACAUCAGGUUGUCGUGUUUUUUUAGUUUUUUUAAAUUUUUUGUUUUUUUAUUAUUGUAAGAUUCUGCUUCUAAAAAUAAUAAAUGGGGGAUUACGGGUUUGGAGUGCUAGUGCAAAGCAAUACUGGGAAUAAAUCUGCUUUUCCAGUCCGAUUCCACCCGCAUCUGCAGCCUCCACACCAUCACCAAAAUGCCACCCCCAGCCCUGCUGCUUUUAUAAAUAAUAACACAGCUGCCAAUGGCAGCAGCGCCGGCUCAGCCUGGCUCUUCCCUGCUCCGGCUGCCCACAACAUCCAGGAUGAGAUCUUGGGGUCAGAAAAAGCCAAAAGUCAGCAACAGGAGCAGCAAGACCCCCUGGAAAAGCAGCAGCUCUCCCCCAGCCCGGGUCAGGAAGCUGGAAUACUGCCUGAAACGGAGAAGGCGAAAUCGGAAGAUAAUCAAGGGGACACUUCUUCAGAAAAUGGCAAUGGGAAGGAGAAGAUCAGAAUCGAGUCACCCGUGUUGACAGGGUUUGAUUAUCAAGAAGCUGCGGGGCUCGGUGCUUCCACCCAGCCCCUGACGUCCAGCGCCUCAUCUCUGACUGGCUUCAGUAACUGGUCAGCGGCCAUCGCGCCCUCCUCCUCUACAAUCAUCAACGAAGAUGCCAGUUUCUUUCACCAGGGAGGGGUCCCCACUGCUUCGGCUAAUAACGGUGCUCUGUUGUUUCAGAAUUUCCCCCAUCAUGUCAGCCCUGGCUUCGGAGGCAGCUUCUCCCCGCAGAUCGGGCCUCUGUCCCAGCACCACCCUCAUCAUCCUCACUUCCAGCAUCAUCACAGCCAGCAUCAGCAGCAAAGGAGGUCUCCUGCCAGUCCCCACCCCCCACCUUUCACACAUAGAAAUGCUGCUUUUAACCAGCUGCCUCACUUGGCGAAUAAUCUUAACAAGCCCCCCUCUCCAUGGAGCAGCUACCAGAGCCCCUCUCCUACACCCUCUUCUUCCUGGAGCCCGGGAGGUGGUGGAUAUGGUGGCUGGGGAGGUUCCCAAGGCCGCGAUCACCGCCGAGGGCUGAACGGAGGAAUAACGCCCCUGAACUCCAUCUCGCCUUUGAAGAAAAAUUUUGCAAGCAAUCAUAUUCAGCUCCAGAAGUACGCUCGCCCCAGCUCUGCCUUUGCUCCUAAGUCCUGGAUGGAAGACAGCUUGAACAGGGCUGACAACAUUUUUCCUUUUCCGGAUCGCCCCAGGACAUUCGACAUGCACUCCCUGGAGAGUUCACUCAUUGACAUAAUGAGAGCUGAAAAUGAUUCGAUUAAAGGUCAGUCUUCACUGUUUCCAAUGGAAGAUGGAUUUUUGGAUGAUGGCCGCGGGGAUCAACCUCUUCAUAGUGGCCUGGGUUCACCUCACUGCUUCACUCACCAGAAUGGAGAAAGAGUGGAGCGAUAUUCUCGCAAGGUGUUUGUGGGCGGAUUGCCUCCUGACAUCGAUGAAGAUGAGAUCACAGCUAGUUUCCGUCGCUUUGGCCCUUUAAUUGUGGAUUGGCCUCAUAAGGCAGAGAGCAAAUCCUAUUUUCCUCCUAAAGGCUAUGCAUUCCUGCUAUUUCAAGAUGAGAGCUCUGUCCAGGCUCUCAUUGAUGCGUGUAUUGAAGAAGAUGGGAAGCUCUACCUGUGUGUCUCAAGUCCCACGAUCAAAGACAAACCAGUGCAGAUUCGGCCUUGGAACCUCAGUGACAGUGACUUUGUGAUGGAUGGUUCACAGCCUCUUGACCCACGAAAAACUAUAUUUGUUGGUGGUGUUCCUCGACCAUUACGGGCAGUGGAGCUUGCCAUGAUAAUGGAUCGGCUGUAUGGAGGCGUGUGCUAUGCUGGGAUCGAUACCGACCCUGAGCUGAAGUACCCAAAAGGAGCCGGGCGAGUCGCCUUCUCUAAUCAACAGAGUUACAUAGCUGCUAUCAGUGCCCGCUUUGUUCAGCUGCAGCAUGGAGAGAUAGAUAAACGGGUGGAAGUGAAGCCAUACGUCUUGGAUGAUCAGCUGUGUGAUGAAUGUCAGGGGGCCCGUUGCGGGGGAAAGUUUGCUCCAUUUUUCUGCGCUAAUGUUACCUGUCUGCAGUAUUACUGUGAAUAUUGCUGGGCUGCUAUUCAUUCUCGUGCUGGCAGGGAGUUCCACAAGCCCCUGGUGAAGGAGGGCGGGGACCGUCCCCGGCAUAUUUCAUUCCGCUGGAACUAGAGAACUACAGUGCUCAUUUUCAGGCCUCAGAAUAAGUGCACUCUUCUGUUCAUUCUGCCCCUCCUCAGCCUCUUCACGCUGGCAUGCCCUCUGUAGCAGUCUAACUUCACAAUAGUAUAAUGAAAGAAUGGCCUAUACUAGAGGUGUUUUGUAGAUUCUUGUGUCACUGAAAACAAUAUGUAUGAGCUCCUUUUUCCUAUCGCCAUCAUGUUGCCUGGAAGUUUUAUACUCUUGCUGGAGAGCAAGAGGAUCCAUACUUCCCGCAACAUUUUCUUAGAGGAGAGAGAGAGAU